AUGUCGCAGAGACCGCCCACUAUAAACCAACAAUCAUCCAUUUUCCUUCGCCUUCACAGACUUCUUCGACUCCCUUCUCGCACGAAUGCAGUCCCUCCUAUUCGGAACGAUCAACAUCGUGGUCCUCUGGAUUUCCCUGCUACGUCUCCUCUACCUCACCCUCUCUCGGAGCCCACCACAACUCAAGGACGUUCAGAUAUCAAUUCCGGCGAGAACUCUCGAUCACUGCCAAUCACCCAAUCAUCUGCAACCUCCAAUACCCGCCCACACCAUUUAUCAACUUGGUGGCCCGUUCGUGUGAGACAUGCGCAGCCGCCUAUUGUUGAUGUUCCUCUCGCGCAGGGUAAAGAGCGCAAUGCUUCAGCGGAUGCUCCCCAAAAAAAUGAUGAUAUAGUACCCGAUGAAUACUUCGACCCGCCUUCACCGAACCCCGAUUCACAACAACCAGCCGCAGCAGCACAGACCAAAGCUGGAGAGCAUGGAGGCGACCGGAACCCGGAAUAUGAACGAGACACAUCCAUCACGUUCUCAUCGAGUCAAACACCGAUGUAUACCUCUGUACAAUAAGAGCUUCUGCAUUCAACAGUGAUCAUUCAUUGAACGAGGCAGACUAUAACGUCCGACCCUGUUGCAGACUCGCAAGUUUCGAGACCUGUAGGGUGAUAGCGGUCAGCCUUACGGGCGUGUGUUGCUUUCCUUUUUGCGAGAUACUCUUGAUAUAUAGCACCAUUCACAACGCCCGUUCUACAAACUAGCACAUGGGAAACUGCACAAAUCUGCGCGCAUAAAAUACGAUGUUAAAAUUGUGAUGUGGGGAAUGGAGUCAAACCAGCAUCACCAUUUUAUCCAAUGUCUACAUGUACAGGCAACGUAGCAUGAGCUUGGCCAUUCCUCAAUUGAGGGAUUGCACGAAACCUUAUCUCUGUUAGCAGUCUUGGCUACUGUGGAUGCGAAACGUGAAAAGUGACUCGUUG